CUGAGGCUGUCAAUAUUAUACAUUGUCUUUCUUUAUUCCUUUCCUUCACACUAUGUCUUUCUUGCUUUCAUUCUUGCUCGCAAUGUUUAGGCUGUUUUUCUCGAUUCACCUUGAAAGAAAGCUCCCAGCCAGCCUGUCUCCCGCGCCGCAUCAAACCCAGAGCCCGACUGUACCACCCCCCAGCCUGGGGAGGGAGGAGUCAACUCAGCUCCCGCAGAACUGAGUGUAUAACACUCUUCAGCCAGCCACAAUGUGUGUCAGAGGACUGUCUGUGCUCCCUAAGUAGAUGACUGCUUUAAAUCUGGUGUCUGUAUUACUGACUGCGAGAUACGAGAAAAAUUGGAUCGCACAUUAUCAUCCCAAAUCAGGACAAGGUUUUUCGACUGUGGGAUAGAAUGCCAGCAAUCGCAAGUAAAAACUCAGAUAUGGAGUUUGACUCGUUACAACCGUGUUUCUACCCGGAUGAGGACGACUUCUACUUCUGUGGUCCUGACUCUGCGCCACCGGGGGAGGACAUCUGGAAGAAAUUCGAGUUGUUGCCCACUCCGCCCCUCUCCCCGAGCCGAGCCGCGCUACCGGGGGAGCCGGCGGCUGCCUCCCCGGAAGCAGACCCCCUGGGCUUCGGCUUGGGGGACCCACUGGACUGGGCUUCUGAGCUGCUGCUCCUGCCCGAGGACGAUAUCUGGGGGGCGUCCGACGAUGGGGACCUGUUCGGCUCCGCUUUGGAUACUAACCCCAACAACAUCAUUAUCCAGGACUGUAUGUGGAGUGGUUUCUCCGCCAGGGAAAAGCUGCAGCGUGUGGUCACUGAGAAACUCGGCAAGGCUAUUUCUACUGCCACGGGAGGUGCCAGGAACGUGUGCGUCAAGGCACCGGAGGUUGUGAGCCGCAGCUCGGUGUCAGAGUGUGUGGAUCCGGCGAUAGUGUUCCCCUUCCCGGUCAACAAGAAGAACAGCAGCAGCAGGGACUCAACCGGGAGCGUAAACACACCCACAGCCCACGAAAACGCUCAAAGUGACUCCGACGAAGAUGACGAAGAUGACGAUGAUGAUGAUGAUGAUGAAGACGACGACGACGACGAAGAAGAGGAGGAGGAGGAAGAUGAGGACGAAGACGAGGAAGAGGAGGAGAUUGAUGUGGUCACAGUAGAGAAGAGGCGCUCCUCAAUCAACAAGGCGUCUCCAUUGACGACGGGUACGGUCACCAUCUCUGUGCAUCCCAAGAGCCAAGACGGGCGAGGGUCCGGCGCCUCGAGUCGGUUCGUCAGCCGGGCCCCUCAGGAGCUGAUCCUGAAGAGGAGCUCGGUCCACCAGCAGCAACACAACUACGCGGCCCCCUCCCCUUACGCGUCAGAUGACGACCCCAGCCCACCCCCAAAGAAGCAAAGGACAACAGACUCACCUCGACCCCCCACCAGAACCAUCUCCUCCUCCUCCUCCACGUCCUCCUCCAUGUCCUGCAGCUCGUUCUCCGGCACAUCGGGGGUCCGCAGCAAGCGCAGCCACAGCGGAGACAGCAGCCCGCGCGGCAGCUCCGACUCAGAGGACAGCGAGCGUCGGCGCAACCACAACAUCCUGGAGCGCCAGCGUCGCAACGACCUGCGCUCCAGCUUCCUCACGCUACGCGACCACGUGCCGGAGCUGGCGCACAACGAGAAGGCGGCCAAGGUGCUGAUCCUGAAGAAGGCCACCGAGUAUGUGAGCUCACUGGAGACGGAGGAGAUGAGGCUCCAGCAGGAGAAGGACAGGCUCCAGGCCCGCUGGCAGCAGCUGAUGCGCAGGCUAGAUCAGGGGAGGACUCGCUAACAGACAAACCACUACAACACAGAAACACUCACAUAUACCCUGGAAGACCCCUCUGCCUCCAAUCAGUCUGAAUCACAGUUAGGCGCACACACAUAGGCCUAUACACUAAGGCACACACACAUAGGCCUGCAUAUCUGUCGUACACACACAAUCAUCUCAGAGGACGUUUAUCUACAGAUGCCCACACACUCACACACAGGGAGGAGAGGAGGGGGGUCUCCGGGGGGAUGCUCGGACUUUCACUGCCGCCACUUUUUUUGCACAUUUGUUGACGUUAAGAAUGUUAAGGGUUUACUUUUUCAAUCCAGUCACAUUGAGGAAAGAUUUUAAAAAAGAGAAAAUAAUGAGAAGGGGAGAGGACACACUUUGUUCUGGUCUUCCCCCUCCUCUGGUUUUUUUUAUAUCAUUUGUAUCUUGUUUUUUGUACUCACUGUGACACCAGCCUGGAAUCAGGUGAUUCCCACAGGGAUGGGUGUAAGAGGGCACUUUGCUUGGAGAGUUUCACUACAAGACGCAGCAGUGCACACUUACUUUGCCUUCACCACUGCAAAACUGAACGAGACUUUGACGACUGAGGCGUUAUGGGUCACAUAAACAAUGCCACUACAGGUUCUCUUUCACUCACUCCUCCCUCACACUGGUGCUCAAACCAAGUCAGUGGAUGUAUAACUGCGCACCUUGCUAGCCGACACUUUUGUAUAUAACAAUAGUGAACAGACAAAAUAAACUCAGAUCUGCCUUGUUUUGUAAUACAUUUUGUCCUUGUUUUUUUAUACAUGUCAGGAAGCUGCCAAUAACUAGACUGGAAGUUUAUAUACCUUUAAAAGUACUGUAAGGCCUCGAUUUUUGAGAGUCAUGACCUUUGUAAUAUAACAAUAUAUUGUUUUUUUUUCUUCUCUCUUACUUUGUAUUGUAUCAUAUUACUAAUUCUACACACCUUUAUGCUUUUAGUGUGAACAUACUAAAUUUGAUACUUAUAUUUUCGUAUGAAAAUGAGUUCCGGUAGAUAUCACUUUAUCUCGUCUUUUUUUUCUCUUUUAUCUCAAAUUAUUUUGUACAGCAAAUGUGUUUUAUCCUGAUGUACCUGGCCUUCUUCUUUAUUCCUCUUUUGUUUAUAUUUGUAACUAUCGGGUGCAUAGAACUGGGUAAACGGAUAUAAGAUGUUUGUUUUUUUCACUUUUAAAAUGUACAUUUAGUGCUGCAACUCAUAGCACUUUGAAAUACCUCAUUUUGAAAAAUAAAUAGACAUCAUAAAACACUCA